GUUGCCCCCACAGGCGCUGAGUAGGGCUACUGUGGGGUGGGGUUUGGGUGGACCCAAGAAGGGGCCGAGCUGGGUAGGCAACUGAGCUCCCUAGGCUCCAGAUUGGCCAAGGGCGGAGUUUGACGUUUAGCGUUGUCUGGGAAGUUUUGGGAAGCUCUGUGUGUUGUGGGUGGGGUUUGGGUAGGUGGUAAAGGGGAGUGUUAGGGGCUAUAGGAGACCCUUAUGUUGAGAAGAGAAACUUAAAGGACAGGGCAUCAGAUGAGCUUUGCUGGGAAUAGGUGAAGGAGUGAAUUUUGGGAUGAAGUGGAAGUAUAGGUAAGCUUUUGGGUAAAGUUUGAUGGAGGCUAAAUUUAGGAAGGAUAGCUUAGAAAAGCAAGGGCCUUACUUGGAUAUAGGGUUUGGGUGGAUUGGGGAGCUUAAUGAAGACCUAGAACUCAGACAGCAAAGUUAUGACUUGGACUCUGGUGAUGGAAAGGGACAAAACAAGAAAGCAAAUUUGGGACUACAGGAUGCUGGACCGGUCUGUAUCCUGGGCUCGGUAGCACCUCUGGCAACUCAGGUGCCAUGGCCUUGAUUGAAGGAGUAGGCGAUGAGGUGACUGUCCUUUUUUCGGUGCUUGCGUGCCUUCUGGUGCUGGCCCUUGCCUGGGUCUCAACACAUACCACUGAGAAUACAGACCCCCUGCCACAGCCGUCAGGGACCGCAACCCCAGCACAGCCCAGCGAAGCCAUGGCAGCCACAGACAGCAUCAGAGAGGAGGCUCCAGGGGCUGAGAGCCCCAGCCUGAGACACAGAGGUCCAUCUGCACAUCCAGAACCUGACACGGAGGUCACAGCAACAGCACCACCUCCUGACUCCCUGCAGGAACCCCUAGUGCUACGGUUGAAAUUUCUCAAUGACUCUGAGCAGGUGGCCAGGGCCUGGCCUCAGGACACCAUAGGCUCCUUGAAAAGGACCCAGUUUCCGGGCCGGGAACAACAGGUUCGACUCAUCUACCAAGGCCAACUGCUAGGAGACGACACCCAGACACUGGGCAGCCUCCACCUCCCCCCCAACUGCGUUCUCCACUGCCACGUGUCCACGAGAGUCGGUCCCCCACAUCCCCCUUGCCCACCAGGGUCAGAGCCCGGCCCCUCCGGGCUGGAAAUCGGCAGUCUUCUGUUGCCCCUGCUGCUUCUGCUGCUGCUCCUGCUUUGGUACUGCCAGAUCCAGUACCGGCCCUUCUUUCCCCUGACAGCCACCCUGGGCCUGGCCGGCUUCACCCUGCUCCUCAGUCUCCUGGCCUUUGCCAUGUAUCGUCCGUAGUGCCUCCACGGGCUUUUGGCAGUGUAGCCAGCCCCUCUGGACCUCAGUCCCCAAGGCGCAAAGGGAGCUGCUGUCUGCCCAGGCCCACCUCACCCGCUGCCUGCCUUUUCCCACUCCCCUGGAGCCCAGCCUUGCGCAGCAGAGGACUCCAGGGCUUAGCGGAGGCUUCUCCCUGUGAUCUUCAUAUCUCGGGGCCAUCUUCUGGGGCUGCUGGCCCUCAGCCUUCGCAGACAGUGGGUUCUUCUGAAUCAGGCACUUGCUGUCGCUGCCUUGGCCCGGCACAAAGCCGGGCCACCCCACUGGGCCCAUCUUAGUGUGCUGCCAGAGGACCUAGGUACGUCUGGUUCCAAAGAGCUGCCGUGGCUGAGUUGGGGACCGAUGGACUGGGAGACUGGUGAAGGGGAGUUGAGAGAAGCGGAGCUGUUUUCUGAAAUUUUGUGAAGAUUAAAGAAACUGUGACGUUUUCA